AUGGCCAUCAGUGCUCAGUCAUCUGAUGAAGGAAGCAUUGAAGUGGAGUAUACAGCUCAAGAUGACUCAGGCAACAAGACUCAUUGGGAAGAAAAGAUGGAGAUACCACACAGAAACAUUCCAACAAUUGAGGUCUAUUUACUGGCAGUUCAAUGGUGCUUUAAGAAGUUCAAGAACCUUAAUUGGACAUCUGAGAAAGGUUUUCUGAACAAUGAGGAGGCAGUGCAGCUGUUGAACAAGCCUUAUGUAUCUUGCUCUGAUUAUGGGAACUUAGUUGAAGACAUUCUAGAUAUGUUUGAAGCUU